UUAAAAGAUGCUUUCCUGCUUCAAUACCCUCUCUUUCUUUAUUUCAUUCUUUUGCUCACUCCCUUCUCAGCUUGUACUGUCGCUUUAUUAGCAUACAUGACUUCUUGGAAUAAUCCCCUUUUUUAAACUCAAAUGGCCACAAAUAAAGUUGCAGCUCUUCAGAGCAAGAAAAGAAGAGAUUUUAUACCUUACUUUUUGGGUUUUGUCCUGUUCCUGUACUGCAGCGUGCAUCUUAUAUCAUUCACAGCCCAUACGUCUGAAUUGAACCAAACAAUCAGAGUCCGCCGUGCAUUAGAGAACGAAACAGAGUGCAUCGCACCUCAAUCGUCUGAAUUCCCUGAGGGCUUCUUCACCGUGCAAGAGAGGAAGGACGGAGGCCUUGUCAUUUACUUCAUGCUAACUUUCUACAUGCUUUUGGCAGUCUCUAUAGUGUGUGAUGACUACUUUCUCCCAUCCUUAGAAGUCAUCAGUGAGCGUCUGGGACUCUCCCAAGAUGUGGCUGGUGCUACCUUCAUGGCCGCUGGGAGUUCAGCACCUGAGCUGGUGACGGCCUUCCUGGGAGUUUUUGUCACUAAAGGGGACAUAGGGGUGAGCACAAUAGUGGGCUCGGCUGUCUACAACCUUUUGGGCAUCUGUGCUGCAUGUGGACUCUUGGCCUCUAUGGCAGGACGUCUCACCUGCUGGCCAUUGUUUAGGGACUGCUUGGCGUACAGCAUUAGUGUGGCCGCUGUUAUUGCCAUCAUUUUUGAUAACAAGGUGUACUGGUACGACGCUACUUGGCUCCUACUAGUCUAUGGCAGCUACAUCGUGGUCCUGUGCUUUGACCUUCGCAUUAGUGAGUUUGUCCUGAGAAAGAUCAGUCCUUGCUGCACUUGUUUGGGCAAUAGCUUGGAAGAAAAAAGCGAGACACGAGCUCUGAUGGGCCUUUGGCACGAUGACAAAAGCCUGCGAAUCCACAGCCGCUCCAGGACGGACAGCGGGAUCUUCCAGGAUGACUCUGGGUAUUCGCAUCUUUCUCUCAGCUUGCAUGGCCUCAAUGAAAUUCCUGAUGAACAUAAAGGUGUGUUCACUGUGCCGGAGAGUGACUGGAAAAGGAUCGUGUGGGUCUUAUCGCUACCAAUCAUUGUGCUGCUUUUCCUGACCAUCCCUGACUGCAGGAAGCGCUUCUGGAAGCAGUGGUUCGUCGUUACCUUUAUCAUGUCUGCGGUCUGGAUCUCGGGUUUCACGUAUAUCCUGGUGUGGAUGGUCACAGUUGUCGGUGAGACACUUGGCAUCCCUGAUACAGUGAUGGGACUCACUCUGCUUGCAGCUGGAACCAGUAUACCAGAUACUGUAGCCAGUGUGAUGGUGGCCAGAGAAGGGAAAGCAGACAUGGCCAUGUCCAACAUUGUGGGUUCGAACGUAUUCGACAUGCUUUGUCUGGGUGUGCCGUGGUUCAUCAAGACUGUAUUUGUGGACACCAACAAUCCAGUGGAGGUCAACAGCACCGGGCUGGUGUUCAUUUCUGCCACACUCCUCCUUUCCAUCGUCUUCCUCUUUGUGGCUGUGCACCUGAAUGGAUGGAAACUGGACUGGAAAUUGGGACUGGUUAGCCUCAUUUGCUACAUCCUAUUUGCUACUCUGUCUAUCCUGUAUGAGUUGGGGAUUAUUGGUAAUAAUCCUUUAAGACUGUGCGGCGACUGAAGAAUUUACCCUUCCCAGGACCAAAGCAGUGUUUACCAAGACUCUUGAGAAAAUAUUCCAAGCAUGUUCCAAUUCAUGGGUCAGCAUCAUUAGAUCUGGUCUACACCACACCCUCUCAGGAAGAUUACCAAAGAUCACGUUGUUGGUGUGAGUGCCAGGUUACCACAAUGUGAAACUUUCUCCAUUGCAUUGAACUUUUAGAAGCCAUUUUUGAAACCUAUGAAAUGGGAAAUAUGUUGCAACCAGAGUGAGCUCUCCGUCCAGAAAGACGAAAUUAAAAAAAAACGGGUGUUUAGUGGCUGUGUUCUUGUUUUUAAGGAGACCAAAAAUUGAACACUGAUAAAGUUUUACGAGCAAGGUCUUAUUGCCUGUGAGGAGGAAACAACCAUAAAUAGUAGAGCAAACUUUCCACAUGCUGUCACCUUUACCAAAACAAUUGAGCUCAAAAGGCCACGAGCACCUCUCUCUGAUCUGUGAUGCAAUUUGGGUCAUUAAGUCGACACACUCUCCAGCCCUCUCAAACACGUACUGAUCUGGGAAUAAAAAAUGUUUAGGUCAAUUUAAAGCCAUCCUUAAUGUUGCAUGUGGAAUGUCACCACACCAGAGAGGCCACUACAGGGCAGUGUUAGGUAAUAAAAUGCAAUCAAGGAACACUUCUAGUUGACUUUUAUAGCCAUCGGGUUUAAAAAUUAAAAUGUUUAUUUGUUCAAAUAACUUGCCAUACAAUUUAAAAAAUCGGAUUACAAAACAAAAGAUAAUAGGACCUACGUUGAAAACAUUAACAAAACAAAUAGAAACCAUGGACGCAAAGUUAAAUGAAGAACUGUAAUUGUGUUUUUAAAACAAAACAAGAGCGUGCUGGCAGAAAUGGCGCGAAAUGUGGAAAUGAGCGCACGCAUUCCUCUUUUUAAAAAAAAAAAAAAAAACCUCUAGGCAUAACGAUCAAUACGGACAUCCACCUCUCGGCCAUUGAUCUUUGUUCCAUUCAUCAUCCGGCAGGCUUUCUCGGCACUCUCUUGAGAGUCGAAUCUCACUGUUCCGCAGCCCUUUGACUUGCCGUUCGUCAUCUUGAUCUCUGCAAACAUCACCUGGCCUGUGGCCAGGAGGAAGAAGUCAAUUUUAUCCAUUUUAAUGUUUGCUAAACUAUAAAUGUGCUACUACAAGAAUUUAUUGUAUGUCGUGUUAUUUACAUAUUUUAACACAUGAGCAAGGUAAGGGUAAGCGUGGAAAGAAACAUACCACAGUGACUGAAUUUCUCUUUCAGUUUUUGCCAUUUGAGAUCAUAGGAGAGCUGCAGCGCAGAAAUGAAGUUAAGAUAAUGUACCACAAAUAUAUAUUUUAAUAUACACAGGAUUUUGCAAUUGUCUCAUAGGGUAAGUAGUUUUGUUUCAUCUUUCACCAGUUUAGUUUUCAUACUGGUUUCUGUCAGACUUUGUAAAACAGAUUAAUCACAAGAACAGUUUCCACUCCACUAAAGGUUCACACCAUACUUGAACUUACAUUUCGCACAAAGAUCUGACAACCAGCCUUGGGCCCAUAGCCUCUGUCCGACAUGCUCAGGUGACUGGGUCCGCCACCUCCGAAGCUGCGGUUCAAAUCCAUUCCUGACAUUCCCAUCCGGUCAAAGCCCGAGCCCAUGCGAUCCAUGGCCAUGCUGCCCAUACCACCACCUGUGGUGAAUCCACACAGAAUUGGUCAGAAAAAGUUCAAACACCUUCCUGUGCUAAAUGAUGACUCCAACACUGUUCCAGGCCUGCUUGGAUGAAUCAAAAUAAUCAAUUACUGCAAAUACAUUUUAAGGAGAAAAAAAAAUAUAUUAAAAUAACUCUGCUUUCACUCACAUGUUCCGUGUAAAAGUACAUACACACAAAUCGUAUUGAAUCAGUAUCGAGUCCAGUAACAACAUUUCAGCAGGAAGCUGAGGCUUUUAUGACUAACAGUAACUUCAGUUCAGAGCUAAAAUAUAAACAUUAUGACCAAUACUACGAAAACAAAUGGGUGCAACGGCGCAAUAUAGUCCAGUCCUUAAAGACCAUAUGACACGAGAAAAAAAGUCUUAAAUGGCAUUAUUAUGUGAAUCAGAAUCAUAUUUUGAGACGAUUCGACUAUUAGACACUUAGAAAAGCACAGAUGACGAGAAAUUAGUCUUUUAAUCUGCCGGUUAGCCACGCCUACCAUUAUAGGGCUUUAGCGUCCGCAACAGGUGGAUGACGUCAGCGGUAGACUGGGCUCAUCGGUUUUACUUUUCAGCCCAUUGAGGGGGAAUUAUUCAGAACGAGGAAAACGCGACGAAGAGAGCCGCAAAAUGUCAUUGUUUCAGUCUCUCUACUCCAAUAUUUUUACAGGAUAUUCUUUUUAUCCAAGUAUUUUCCCCCAAUAGCUAUAUAAAUGGCUUGAGAAGGACCAGUCAGCCCGUCAAGGGGGAACUAUUCACAACGAGGAAAACGCGACGAAGAGAGCGGCAAAAUGUCAUUGUUUCUGUCUCUUUACUUCAAUAUUUUUACAGGAUAUUCUUUUUAUCCAAGUAUUUUCCCCAAUUGCUAAAUAAAUGGCAUGGUCAUGACU